CGAAUUUUGCCGUUUUAAGGAAAUUUAGGCGCGGACCCCACCCUCUAUUUGAAUAAAAUGAAGGAGGUUUUUGUGCUCACUACAAUCUUGGCUGUGUUACCCACGUAUGUAAGCAGUACCAUUUAUUACGUCGACGCCGGAGCUAGAGGCAUGGACUCGAAUACCGGACAAACCAUCGACCAACCUUUCAGAACCAUUCGCAGGUGCGUCAAUGCACUAAGCUCCCCAGGGGACGAGUGUCAUAUCCGUGCAGGGCGCUACCACGAGCCGGAAUUCCCUAUUGCUGCUAAAAAAGGCAGCGCGUCUCAACCUAUUGUUAUACAAGGUUAUGGAAACGAAAAUCCUGUCAUCGACGGAACAAUUGAAUUGAUACCACUUGGGAGCUCGUCGUGGGUGCGGGGUAGCGAUGGGAUCUAUAGCGCUCAAAUCGGUCAGGACAUCUGGCAGCUUUUCGUCGGCGAAGAAAUGAUGACGAACGCGCGUUGGCCGAACGCCUUGUGGUCGGACAAGUCCGUAUUUAACAAUAGCCACUGGGCAAAAUCUGCUUCGACCUCAACCCGUGGAACAAUGAUUGACAAUGGUGAUAAAGACUUGGCAGGAAGCAGGUUCAACGUAACAGGGGCAAUGGCUGUUCUGAAUAUUGGAAGCUUCAACACUUUUACUGCCAAAGUCGAAAGUCAUGUGCCUGGAAGAAAUUCCUUUACUUAUGACGAGACUUUUGGAAGUAUAAAGUUCGUGCCAGCCAGAGUACAAAACCAGUACUUUUUAGAAGACAAACGUGAGUUUCUUGACAAUGAUGGCGAGUGGUUUUUUGAUCGAAGCACGAGAACUGUCUAUGUGAAGACUCCGGAUGGAGCAACUCCUGCGGGGAAGAUUCGUGGAAAGGUGCAGACUUACGCUUUCACCAUUUCAAACUGCGAACAUUUACAUUUCAAACAACUGACGUUUUUUGGCACCACUUUUAAGACGCUCCCAACGAGCAAACGUAGAGUUAUUGGUGACUUAACGUUUCACUCGAUCAACUUUAGCUUCCCGUCGUAUUCCAUGCGCAUGCUCGGUGUUACUGCUCCUCCACUCUGGACAUUCAUCCGUGCAUCUCGCGGGCGCCGCUUCAAGUUGAUAAACAGCACUUUCUAUGGAACCGAUGGACUCGCUCUUCAGUACUACGGUGAUGGAGUACUGCUAGAGAACAAUCUGUUUGAGUACAAUGAUUGGUCCGUUUCCCUCAGUCGAACCAAGAAUGGGGGAUUUGGGACGGUGAUAUCACAAGGACCCAACGACCAAUUUGUUAGCAACACUUUGCGUUAUAACGGUGCGGCUCAUGGAUUCCGUCCGAAUGGACGUAACCCUCGGGUCGAGCUCAACCAUAUCCACCAUCAGUGUUGGGGAAAUUUGCAGCACGACGGAGCGGGUAUUCAGUUCCAGAUCCCCUCGCAAACCGAUGCUAUGUGUAUGAACAAUUGGGUGCAUUCGAGUCCCAAACCUGGACUGCGUUUUGAUGCAGCGUAACCACCUCGAGUUGGGGAACGCGGCACUAUGAAGAAGAAUGUCAUUUGGAAGUGUGGUGGUAUCAUCGUCAAGGGUAAUCGUCACCGUGUAGAAAACAACCUUCUCUUUCACAAAGGACCUGGAGCGAGCCCUGCUGCAGGCUGCACCUUGUGUGUGCGAAAGUACUUCCCUUCGAGGCCGUUGGUUGAGAUGAACCAGCAAACUGAAAUUAAGCAGAAUGCUGCAGAUGUUGCGAAUGGAGGCAGGAGUUCAUGGCCUUUACCGGGUAUUGUGACUAAGAACGUGAUAGGACCUGUUGAACCGGAAGUCAUGGACGCAGAUAAUUUGGACUUCCGGCCUCGUGCAACCUCCAGAUACAACGCGGAUAUCGUCGGACCCUACAAAUAUGAUUCCAGUAGCAGAUUUUAUUGGAUUCCUGGGCGAAAAUUUUACAAGGCCAGUACCCCUGUUCCUCCUGAUAGAAGUACUACUGUCAAGUUUAACAGAGAUGCUGUGAUGUGGCUGAACGCAUAUGAAGUCUCUAUCCAUCUUCUCUACUUUGGUACUAACAAGGCCGACGUUGCAAAUGCAACUCCGGCUUCGCGUGAGCACAAGGAGAGAAUCACAGGUUAUGGUAACGUGCAUUACCUUACUGAGAGUCUUUUAAGAGGAACCACAUACUACUGGCGGGUCGAUGCCGACAAAGAUACCACAACUACUUACAAGGGAGACGUAUGGUCAUUUCAGACCGAGUGAGAACAGAACAGGAUACACGCAGAAAAGAUUACACCCAGCUGCAGUGUAACGCAGCAUUUCAUGGGCAUUACUUGUGAUUAAAUAUAAGGUGGAUAUAGAAAUAAUAAACAGGACUUCAAAACGAAAUGUUUCAGUAGGCCUUCACGUUCAUGAGUUGACAGAAACGUUCGCGUAAGAGGUUAUUGAUACAAGAGAGAUUAAGCACCGCGUUUACGUGAAACGGCAAGCGGCAAGAGUGACCACGUGACCUUGUUU